AUGGAGAACGAAAACGUAGUCCCCGUUGAUCCUGGCAGCCCGCUUUUAUCGACAAGGUUAAUACCCGUCGUCGCCGACAAACACCGUCACUUGUGUGAGGAGAGGCAGCGGCUAGGUCUCAAAAGGCAGACACUCGAGGCUCGCAUCGCUCGGGUGGAGAGGAAGAUAAGGGCUCCGGAAAGUGAUCCCUUUCAAUGGGAAUGGCGGAACUUCGAUUCUGUUGCUGAGAUCCCAAAAAUGCUUCGGAUGUAUCUCCGUGCUAAAGGAGUUCCGGGUCCCGUGAAAGCCCCGGUCUUUGCCGUUCCAUCUGAUAGCGAGGAAGAAGACGAGGAGGAGGCCAGUACCAGUCGGAAACGCGUUCGUGAUCGUCCCGAAGUGGAUGCCAAGAACAAGGCGUCCACUUCGAAAACUAAACCGGCGAUGAAGGAGCCUGUUCCUGAGCCUCUUCCAUAA